GGGGGCGGGGCCUCCUGCCCGCUGGGGCUCCUGGGAAGAUUCUAAAAUGUGCCUGAGGGCCCUGGGGCGCCUGGGAGGCAGGAGCACAGCUUCGGAGCCGUCAGGAGCCGAUCUCUUCCCGGCGGGAAAUCUUUGAGGAGCUACUUUCUUUUUUAAAUAUUAAGAAAUUUGAGGAUGGUGGGACAAAACGACUAAAUCCCAUUGUCCUGUGAUUCUUUAGCCGGAAAGCUGCCAAAAUCUGUGGAUAAAUUCAUGAGAAGAAUGGCAUCUGGACUAAAUAACAGUUUCACUUUGAUUCCCAACCAGAAAUACAGACGUAGUAACCGUCGAUCCAGCUAUUUUUCCAGCACCCUUGACUCAAAUUUUCAGCCUUUAUCAACGCUUGGACAUUUUAAAGCCUUGCCAUUGGAAAUAUUCCAAGUAAUCUUAAGAUAUUUGUCAGUGAAGGAUAUCAGCAUACUAAGCAUGGUUUCCAAAACAAUCAGCCAGCACAUUAUAAAUUAUAUCUCAACCUCAUCAGGAAGCAAAAGACUCUUACUACAGUACUUUCAUAACCAUGAGCUGCCUCCCAGGAGACAAGACUGGGACCUACUGGAACACUACAGAUCUCUAGGUCUACUAUUUAAAAGAUGUACGUUGUUGCUACCCACAAAGGAAAGACUCAAGUACAUUCACAGGAAACUUGAAGAAGUUCCCUGUUUUAAAUUCAGUGGCUGUGCAGCUCCUACACAAUGUUUAGGAUUACCAUGUUACGGUGUGUUUUUACAGACCUUAACAGCAGGUUGGGAUGAACUCGAGUGCCAUCGUGUUUAUAACUUCUUAUGCGAGCUGACUAACCUCCCCCGCAAGAUGCAGUCUGUUGUCUGUGGCAAGCCAGGAAGUGCCCAAAAACUGGAAUUAAGGAUCAGACUUUUCUGUAGGAAAGUCCUGCUUGAUCAUUGGACACAUCGAAGUGAUUCUGCUUUUUGGUUGACACGUAUAUUAAAACCAUGGCCAAUGGUGAAUCAGGCAAGAUUAUUGUAUAUCAUCUUUGGACCAAUAUCUCAAAAUGGACAGGUGGUUUGGCAGAAAAUGAUAGAAGAAGCUACAGAUGAAUCCAGUCUGAAGGGUUUAGCUGAUGCCAUUAAAUUACUAUAUGACACGGGCACCAAAGAGUGGACAGCAGAUGAUGUUAUCAGUCUGGUAGAUGAACUGUCAGUGGUUCCCCAUGAGUGGCUUCUAGAGAAUAAUGCACAUCUCCUAAUCCUAAGUGGGAACAACAUCUGUUUCACUUUCAUGGCCAGUAAAGCUGUGAAUGGACGGGCCACUGAACUGGCAAGGCUGAUAGUCUAUUUUGCUUUGGUAUGUGAGAAAGAACUAUACUGUAUGGAUUGGGCAGUUAAAAUGAUGCAAAAAGUUUGUAAGGUAUUUAGCACUCCAGUGGAAGAAAAGAACUUCCUGCAGAGUGUGGCAAAGACAUUUGCAUAUGUUAUACUGGAAAUACUACAAUCACUUAUGUCUGGAGACCGUGAUGAAGACGGCAGAAGCUUUAUGAAUUUGUUCCAUCUUGUGCAUGCUCAGGCUAACUUCCAUAAGGAGGUCUUGUGUUUGGCCAUGAAUACUGUCUCUACCUAAAUGCUCAGAAUCCCUUGCAUUUAGAGACUACCUCGCUGAACUAACAAUUAGAAGAGUGAUACUUUUCCACACUCAAAGAAUAGCAUCAUGGGACUUUUCUUCACCUAAGUAAUCUAAGAAUUCAAAAGCUGCAUAGAAUUUUAGAAGCAAUUUAUUAAUAUAGAAUACAAGCAAACCCAGAAUAUAUUGAGAUUUCCCUGGAAAACAAGCUAUGCCCCUUUAGAUUUUGGUAAACCUAACACCAAACUAAAUGGAUCAUUAGUGUCCAACAGUCAGGACCAGCCAACCUGUGUGGAUGGAUCUUUGAAGCAAGAGAAAAUUCUGUUUAAUAUUAUUAGAGUUAGAGCAGACCCAAACUAAAUUAUAUGUAUCUGUUCGCUUUGUUUAGGUUACAUAGUAACCUAGAAUGUUUGUGAAGAUUCGCAAUAUGAUGUUUUAGAAUGUACAGGUGUAAAUGCAUUUUUGACCACUUUCUUGGUAUAUGAUUGCAAAGAACCUUGUAUUUUGUUCACAUUUUGCAUGAACUAAAAGAUAACCAAAGAAAGAAUAAUGUGUGGCUGUAUAUACACAGCCGUCCAUAUAUAUGUCUGUCUAUACACACACACAUUUCCUUCUUUAACACAAAUCAUACAAAAAGUCUAUAAAAGGAAGAUAAAUAUUGUCUUAAUACAAUCAAAUCAUCUUUUAUUCUUUCCUGGGGAUUAGAGUAAAAUGUUGCAAAUAAGGGAAUAUAUAAAAUGAAAUAAAGUACUUACUCUGCUGCCAGAACAAUCUUCACAAAUAAUUUGCACUUGUUCCUAAAGCUUUUUUCCCUGUCUUAAAGAGUGGAACUUGAUGGAAACUGGAAGUGUGGAUGGUUAGAGUAGCCCAGAGAGAGUGGGUUUUUCUUCACUCAAGUAAAUGGAUUCCAGGAAGCUCCAGGACUAUUUCAGCCUAACUAGCAUCUGCCAUCACUACCUUUAUUAUUAAAGUAGAAAGUAAUAAUGCCUAAUGGGGCUGAAUAAUGCUGGAGCCCUCCUGCAUCUCCCAUUUUUUUCUCCUUGGGUUUGAUCAUUUUACUUCUGAAGACACACCCCUUCCCACUAACUUCUCAGAGGCUGGCUCUUCUGAAGCUCUUGACUUAACUCACCUCUGGAGCUGAUGAAGGGAAGAAAUACUAGAAGACACAGAGAUUACCCACAAAAGUGGAUAUUAAAUAUAAAUAUUAUAAAUUGUGGAAAGUUUUCAAGUGUUUGGCAAGAGGGGCUCAGUAAGAGAUUUAAUAGAAUUUAGGAAGAGUGAAUAUUGUGGAGAAAAUAUGAAUUGUGAUUACAAGAUUUUACUAUAUUUCAAUAGCAAAAGCACUUCAUUUUUGGAGGGUCAGAUAUUAACUGCCUCUCUUUGAUGGAUGUCCAAGUGUAAUUCCAUGAAUGGCAAUUAUUUUUUCUCCAGAAUGUAACAUUUGCAUAUUUAUGCAAAACCAAAGUCCUUGCUUUUAUUCUGGUUUCAUUUUCUUCCUCUCAAUUUAAGAAUUCACCCACAACUAAAUUAUAAAAAUUUAAAGUUGGGAGAUACCAGAGUAUAAAAUAAUGCCUUAAUUUUCUUUUUUUUUCCCCCUCUCUCACUCUUUUUUCCCAUACAUGCUUUGGAAAGCCUAAUCCAUUUAUUUAUCAAAACUCUGGUGAUUCCAAGUUAAUAAUAUACCUACAUUAGAUUAUUUAGGGAAAAAAGACAAAGGGAAAAGUAAAAACUUUAAUUAAAUAGUGAAUAUUUUUAAUAUUUUCUAAAUAGAUGUUUCAAUUCUCUCAGAGAAAUAAGUUUGGCAUUGUGACAUUGCCUUGAAUUCCUUGAACUAUCUAAGUCUCCACAGCAGUUAUUUUCAGCAAGUUUACAAAAGAAACAUGAUUUAAUUAAAAACAUUUUUGACCUGGCUUUUGAAUUUCAUUACACACUUGAACUGACAUGACUGCUGCUAUAAAUUUUAGACACAUUAUAAAUUGAGUUAGUUUGGGAAUUGCAAAAUUAUUAUCUCAGCUCUCCCCAGAAAUUUGGAACAUAAAAAAUCUGAUUCAUUCUUUGGGUACAGUAGAUAAAUUAUAUCAUCUUGCUCCCAAUAAAGGGUAAACUGAAAAUUUUUUCCAUUCAAUUGUUAAUAGAUAAAAUAACACUUGAGACCAAAUUUGCAAUUUCCUCAAUUCAGCAGUCCAGUAUUUUACUGAAUACAUUUGUCUUCAGCAAUACAGUGUGAUAUUAUCAAAUUUUAAAGUGGGAGAUUAACUUGCAAAAGCAUAUAUUAUGAUUAGUGCUGAUGUUCAGGUGGUGGUACAGACAUUGCCACAAAAAUAGGAGCAUUUGCACAAUGGAUAGCCUCAAAACUCUACAAGACUGUCCACUUCUAACUAUCUAGAACAAUCGUAAUAACAUAAUGAUGUAAACUACUAACAGGUCAGAUAAUUCAUUCUGCACCUUUUCCUAAGUUAGGAUAUUGUCCUGGGCUUCUAGCUCUUCUUUCUAGUUCUCAUUUCCUCAGUCUUCUUUGAUUUUUAUUUGUAAGAUGAUUUUUACUCCUACUAGUAGGCAAAUUCAACAGCACGUCACUGUAUUUAUCUUUACUAUUGUUUCUAAACACACGCAGGACACCAGAAUAGUACUAGUAACAAACUAAUGAUGCUACUUUUCUUAUAAAUGAUUUUAAAGUAUGUAUCUUGUAAUAAAUACUCUCUACCUCAUGAAACAUUAACAUGUAACCUUAACACUUUUCUGGAUAAUUUCUUCUCAUGCUCUUCUGACCCCUCAACUUUGUCACAACACAGGCAGUAAGUUACUGUACUUGGGAAGCAAUUCAGGCUGACAAGAAGUUCAAGAGGUUGCUUAUCAGGCUCUUCUCUGUAGUGUGAACAGUAGGCACCUUAUUUCACACUUUUUCUAUCCUUUGAUGACUUAGUUCAUGCUCCCAGUUCUUCUGUUAAUAACAAAGGUUUAUUGCCAGGAUAAUUAUUCAUCUUUGGAGAUUAGAGCAAGUGUGAGGUGCCCAGCAGAGGUCACAACUAGAAGAACCUUUUAUGUCAAUAAAAAGCAAACAUUGACCUCUUCAUGUGAUUAUUAUCAAAGUCUUUUUAAAGUGAAUAGUACUCAAUUAUAUGAUUACAGAUUUUUAUGUCAAUAAACAUUGUGAAGGGCAAAAACACAAAGCUGCUAUAAAAAUCUCUUUUAUUAUCAGAAACCUUACUAGCAAUGUGACUACGAUUCCAUAGCAGGUAGCUGUCAAACCUGUAGGAAAUCAGGCUAUGGACACAUGCUUCUGACCUGAAAGACAGCAGUACAAGACAAUCUUCUGUAGGAAAAAAAAAAAAAAAAAAAAAGUGCCAAAGAACUAAGAAUACAUUUUUUUUCCCCAUGAAGAAAGCAAAUAAAACUCCAGAAAAUUCCUCAAGUAUCUAGAGACUUAAAAAAUUUAGCCCUUGAAAGGUUUAAAAAAUUUUUUUAAAUUAAUACUUUAAGAUAUCUAAGAUCACUGGUUUCUUAUAGGUACACAAAACUGAAAAAAAUGCAUUGUUAUUUUUAAAGCAUUAUAUUUAUGGUAAAAUGUCUUUGAUACCUAAAUAUUUAAUAUUUGCUAAAUUUAAAUUAACUUGUUAUUUAUUUAUAUUAAUAAAAUUAAAAUUACAAACAUUUCUAACUUGUUCAGUUUGUCAUGCAAGUCAUUAAAUAUAUAAUUUCUUUAAAUUAUUUCUUGUGGAGGAACUUAGUUAUUUAAGCUGUUAAUUAUAGCUCUACCAUGGUCAAAAUAUGAAAUGUCUUAAUAUAAAAUAAUGUUGCAAUUAGUUAUAUAUUUAUGCUUAAUAUUAUAGUACAUAAAUCAAUAAUUUUAUUUACUCGCAACAACUCAUAAAUUGAACAGUAAUCUGUAAGUAGGAUUGUAUUCUUUAUUAUUCUGCUAUUUAAUCCAGAGACCAAAUUCCCAACCAAUU